UCCAUAUACCUAGUCUUCAGUUCUGAACGCUCAAGCCCUCACACCUCUUCCACCGUCUUCCAUCCUCUUCCGCCCUUUUCCAUCGUUGCUGAAGACAGAGGCUCUUCCACCCUCUUCCACCGUCGCAGAAGACAGAGGUUCUUAAUCAAACAUUCUUUGGGCUUCAAUCUUCACCGAAUCACAAGAUUUAAUCUUCACCAAAUCUGGAGGCGGCUUGUGGUCUGAGUCUGAAUCGCUGUAGGAAAUACAGGUUUGCAGAAGCGAUUCUUUGUUGUUUCGAAGAGAAUCUCGAGCUUGGAGGAGGCUAUCAGAAUCAGAAGCUUGUAAACUAAACUAUGGACACCUCCGAGGAACCAAUGCGUAGAGUUUUAAGGUCCCGUAGGGCUGAAACUGAGCGACCAUCUACAAGUUCACCUGCUACACAACCGAGUGGAUCAGGUGAUGAUAGGAAUUCAACAAAUGAAAGAAUGGAAGGUAAUGGUAGUUAUGAGUAGAUGGGGCCACAACCAAGUGGAGGUCCGAUACGAAAAGGGCGUGGAAGAGCCAAAAAUGAAGCCUUGCACAAACUUAAGGAAAACAACUGCCCGGUUCCAGUAGAAUUUGGAGAGGGUUAUAUUAAACUUGUUGGUUUAAAUAACAAAUUAUGGACGGUUGAGGUUGGCAUUAAUACACGAGAUACCGAAGCCCUUCUAAAGUAUAAAACGUGAAGGGAUGUUUCAGAUUUUGAGAAAGAGGUCUACUAUGACCAUUUGAAGGUAAUGAUAACCAUCAUUUAAUGUUUGUUUAUUAAAAAUAAAUCAGAGGUUACUGGUCCAAUUGGUUACGAAUUAUAGCUUACAUUAAUUUUACAUUAUAAAGAAGGUCUUUGGAGUGGAUGCAUAUGCGAAUGACAUUGAUUUUAAGCGAGUAAAUAAGGGAAUUUCCAGUGCAUUGAGGAAAUAUAGAUAUAAAUUGAAGUGUCAUUUUGAAGAGCAUCUUCUGAUUGAGAAUGCAUGCCGCCAUCCUUACAAUGGUAUUGGUCAUGCUGUUUGGCAAAAAUUGUGUGAUACGUGGAUGUCACCAGGUCAAACUCAAAGAAAGGCAGAGCCAAGAAGAUGAGGACAGUGAAAGGGAUGAGGAUCCUGCUAUUCGUUUGUACAAGGACACACAUUUUAAGGAACAAGGUGGAUGGGCACACGAGAAAGCUAAGAGAAAUUUUGAUGCAAUGAAAGAAAAGACUGCACAAAAUUCUCAAAAUUCUGAUGGUACGAGUCCAACCAUAAAUGAUAUUGAGAUAGUGCAAAACCAACUAGGCAUAAGGAAUGGAUAUUGCCGUGGAUUCAGACAUGGUUUCGUGGCUCCAAAGCGUCAAGUGCCUCCUCAUCAUGUGAUGAGGCUUCUAGGAAAAUGGCCGAAAUUGCAGAAUAAAGAAAUGUACAAAUGGCGGAAAAGAUGGAUAAACUUGAGAAGAUGCUUGAGCAGUACCAACAAUAGCCGCCACCAUGGUUCCUCCAAUAUCAGCAGCCGCCACUAUGGUUCCUCCAAUUUCAACAGCAACAGCAGCAGUCACCACCAUGGUUCCACCAAUAACAGUCUCCAUCAAAUUCCCAACAGCAGCAAACCGCACCAAACUGGCAUCAACAGCCACCGCAACCUCCAGCAAACUCUCAUUUUCAGUAGCCGCCACCAACAACAAGGUGGUACCAGCAAGCACCACCACAACCACCAAUAGAAUGAAUAAUAGAUCUUGAAGAGGAUGGAACAAUUUUUUGUGCUACCACAUGGUUUUAGUUUUUGUUUAGAAAACUGGAGAUUUUAUAGAUCUUGAAUAUAUAUAUUGUGUAUUUAUUUUGUUUUAUGGUUAGUAAUAUAUUUUUAAAUGUUAUUGUGGAUC